AUGGGCGCAUAUCGUUUGGAGGAGGCGAGCAGCAGCCGUGCCGGCUGCCAGAACAAGGAAUGCAAGGACGCCAAAAUCAAGAUCGCCAAGGGGGAGCUCCGUCACGGCAGCUGGGUCGAAGCAGGUGAUUACCAGAGCUGGAAAUGGCGUCACUGGGGCUGUGUCACGCCGAAUGUCAUCCAGAAUCUGAAGGAUGCUAUCAAGGACAUAAGUGGUGGGGAUGAGACGGAUUGCUCGGCUCUCGAUGGCUUUGAUGAGCUUUCUGAGGAGAAUCAAGACAAGGUUCGUCGGGCGUUGGAGCAGGGGCAUGUUGAUGAUGAGGAUUGGAAGGGGGAUGUUGAAGUCAACCGUCCUGGUAUGAAUGGCUUCCGUUCGAAGGCCACUAAAAAGGAGGCUGCGGCUAAGAAGAAGGCUCAGGCCAAAGCUGACGAGGAGGAUGAGGCGGAGCCUACCCCCAAGAGCAAGAAGCGCAGUCGUGCUCAGCCCAAGAAAGACCCUAAGGUUGAGGCUGAGGCUGACGGUGAGCAGCAGGAGCACGAAGAAGAAGCACCCAAGCCUAAGCGAUCCAGGAAGAGCGCUCAACCUAAGCCUGUAUCUGAUGAAGACGAGGAAGAGGAGGUCAAGCCGAAGACUUCCAAGCGCGGUCGUCCAGCCAAAUCCAAGGCCGCUGUCGAGGAAGCCGACGAGGAGCCUGCUGCCGCUAAGAAGAAGGCCGCGAAGAAGCCGACCAAGGCCGCUGCUGCUACUGCUGACGAUGAGGAGAAGCCUAAGCGGGGCCGGAAGAAGAAGGCUGCUUGA